GCGAGCAGAGGCGGUGACAGCCCUGGGGAGAGCGGGCAUGGCGAGGCGAGCCCCCCGCAAGCCCUGUAGCUGGAGGUGCUUUGCCGCUCUUUGGGGAGACCACUUUUUGCUCCUGGGGCUGCUGCUUUUGCCCAGCCAGGGGAGUGCUUCUGAGUCACGAGGGCUGCCAUCCCAGGGAGAACUGGUCACCCCGCACUGGCUCCUCAGAGGGCGUAGCAGACGAGCUGUCAGCCUAGCGGAAAAGGUGCCAGCGCCUGCCCGAGGGGAGGUGGCCGUGAUGGCUGAGGGCAGAGAGCUCAUCUUGGUGCUAGAGAGGAACCAGCUCCUGUCACCAGACUACACUGAGACACACUAUGCUGAGGAUGGACAGCCCGUGACAGUGGCUCCUAACUACACGGACCAUUGCUACUACCAUGGACAUGUCCAAGGGUACCAGAGCUCCUGGGUUGUCCUCAGCACGUGCUCAGGAAUAAGGGGCCUGAUUGUAGUGAACAGCAAUGACAGCUAUUACUUGAAGCCCCUGGGAACCCCAGAGCCAGGGCAUCACAUCAUCUACCGAGCAGAGCACUUGCCCAUCAGAGGUGGGACCUGUGGCCACGGCGAUGACUUCGGCAGCAGCAUAGCUGACAUUGCCCGCUUCUUCAAGCCAGUGCAUUACCGGGCAAAAAGAGAUGCCUGGAGGACCAUGAAGUACAUGGAGCUCUUCAUUGUUGCUGAUCACACACUGUUCAGGAACCAGAAUCUUAACCUGGGCCACACCAAGCAGCGCAUUGUGGAGAUCGCAAACUACGUGGACAAGUUUUACAGGUCUCUGAAUAUCAAGGUGGCCCUGAUCGGCCUAGAGGUGUGGACGGAGCGGGACCAGUGCACCGUGACCAGCGAUGCCAACGCCUCGCUCUGGUCCUUCCUGCAGUGGAGGAAGGUGCUGAGGUCUCGGAAGAAGCAUGACAAUGCCCAGCUGCUGACCGGGAAGACGUUCAGGGGGACGACCAUCGGCAUGGCCCCGCUGGAGGGGAUGUGCAGCCCAGAUAACUCUGGAGGGGUUAGCAUGGACCACUCGGAGCAGCCCAUUGGAGCAGCUGCCACCAUGGCCCAUGAAAUUGGCCACAAUUUCGGCAUGAGCCACGACAGCCAGGGCUGCUGCGUGGAGGCCACUCCUGAGCAAGGCGGGUGCGUCAUGGCAGCGGCAACUGGACAUCCCUUCCCUCGCGUGUUCAGCUCCUGCAGCAAGAGGCAGCUGGAGAACUACUUCCAGAAGGGAGGUGGCAUGUGUCUCUUCAACUUGCCUGACACCAAGGACUUGGUGGUUGGCCGGAAAUGUGGCAAUGGCUUUCUGGAAGAUGGAGAAGACUGUGACUGCGGGGAGGUGGAGGAGUGCACCAACCCGUGCUGCAAUGCGCACAACUGCACGCUGAAGGUGGGGGCCCAGUGUGCCCACGGUGACUGCUGCCAGAACUGCAGGCUAAAGGUGGCUGGGACCAUCUGCAGGGAAGCAGCAGGGUCUUGUGACCUCCCCGAGUACUGCACGGGUGCCUCACCUUACUGUCCGGCCAAUGUCUACCUGCUGGACGGCUCCUCCUGUGCCUAUGGCGAGGCCUACUGCAACAACGGCAUGUGCAUGACCCACCACCAGCAAUGCGUCCAGCUCUGGGGACCGGGUGCCUGGCCAGCCCCUGAUGCCUGUUUCCAGGACGUGAACAUGGCAGGCAAUACCUAUGGCAACUGCGGCAAAGACAGCCAAGGGCGCUACGUGAAGUGUGAAAAGAGAGAUGCUAUGUGUGGCAAGAUCCAGUGCCAGAGCUCGGCCAAGAAACCCCAGGGGACCAACACAGUCUCCAUCGAUACCACCAUCCGGUUUAACGGGCGAGAAGUGAAGUGCCGGGGCACGUACAUGUACACUGCAAAGGAUGAUGAGGAAGACCUCUCAGACCCUGGGCUGGUGAUGACAGGGACGAAAUGUGGAGAUGGGAUGGUUUGCAAAGAUCGUCGGUGCCAGAAUGCCUCUCUUUUUGAGCUGGAAAAGUGUGUUUCCCAGUGCAACGGCCAUGGGGUCUGCAACAGCAACAAGAACUGCCACUGCAAUGCUGGCUGGGCUCCCCCGUACUGCGAGAAGCCAGGCUUGGGUGGCAGCGUGGACAGUGGCCCUGUGCAGCGUGACAAUCAUGAAGCCAUCCUAAUCACCCUUCUGCUGAUCUUCCUGCUCUUCCUCCCGGCCCUGGUGAUGAGCAUCUACUUUUGGUACCGACGGGAGAACUCGCUCUUGAAUAAAUGGAUAAAGGAGAUGAGGAGGAGCCACGAGACGUACAAGAGCAAAACCAUCAAUCGGAAGGUAACCAGUGGCCCUUCCAAAGCUGCUUUCACCUUACGGGACAUUUCCAUCUCCUGCCACACUAAUAAAGCAAUGCGGACUGCGUUCCCCCACAAACCCAGGGCUCACCAGAACGGCUCCCAGCCCGUCAACAUUGUCCACCCGCUUCGCCCAGCUCCCCACUCCAUGCCUCAGCCUCUGAGAGACCACAAGCCUGCUAGGCCACCUCCACCAGUCAGCAGAUCACCUGCUGUCCCCACCAAAACAGUGGUGUCUCAUGCUAAACUGCCACCUCCGAAGAAACCUCUUCCUUGCAGUCCCGUGAGGACCCCACUGGUUGUCCCAAAGCACCAGCCACCCUGUCGACCGCUGCCUGGAAGUCCACUCUUGGCCAAAGAGCUGUCUCCUGCACAUGGACAGACCCUGCUGGUCAUGGUCCCUCCUACCAACUUCAGGUCAUCGGGUACAAGCACCACUAGCCGCUGCACGAGGCCGUUCAAGCCAAUGCCGCCUCAAAGGCCGGUCCCAACCAUCAAAGUUCAAUCAACCUCGUUCCCCUUGAAGAAAUGACAAACCAAGGACACCUUAAGCCCAUCCUUCCUGAGCUGGCUCUCCUGAUUUGCACUGCUGCUGGCACCAGGGUUCUUUUGUUCCUCUCUUGUUUUGUAUUUUAAUACCAGAGGACUAUUUUUAUAAGACAGUAUGUUUAUUCAGCACAAAAGCAAUAGUAGGGGGAUAGGGAGGGACUGAGAGGAGAAAUUGGUACUAUGAUGUAACUAAGGGUUGAGAUGGACUGGUGGUGGGGUUACCAUGUUGGAGACUCCACCACCACUCCUGGCAUUGCUUUCCUGCCAAUUUAUCUGCCAGCCUUGGUUUCUUACUGAUGUUGCACAUGAGCUGGGAUGGGGUGACUUGGGGUCAAAAGUAAGCAUCCACACUGAUGAAAAAUGCUGAGGACAGUGCCAGCGGAAGCUGUGUAAUAUCGUUCUAGCUACCUCCUCCUUCUCCUCUAGUCCUGGUGGGACCCUCCACCACCCAUUGCCACCAGAGUUCAAUGCUGGGCCUUGUUUCCAGAGCCAUUUGCAAUGAGAGAAAAGAAGUGGUUUCCAGUUUGAACUGUGCUAGGCAGUGCUGGGACUUUUGCAUGAUGAACCAAGUUCUCAGAUGCUUCCCGGCCUUCUUUCUGACUGAAAAAAAAAAAAAAAAGAAAACAGUGACAAUCCUGGGACUGUACUUGCAAGGAGCAGCCAUCCGGGAAAUGGUUUAAUGUCUGCGCUGCUGGUGGUCGCUGGUUACCAGGGUGCUUUCGAGGGGCUCAGGAGCCCUCCAAAAACAUUGCAAGUCUCCUGCUCAUGGGACAAGCCCAGCGGUGGCUUUGUGAGCUGCUAACACUCUGCUGUCCAAAAGGAGAAGGAGCCACAAGCCAGGAACAAGAGCAGGAAGACCUUUUGCCUAUGCCGUUGGCUUUCCUAAUGGCCUUGACCAAGUCAUUACAUUUCUCUGUGCCUCAGUUCCCCCGUCUGUAAAAUGGGGGGUAAUACCUACCUCACAGGGGUGUUGUGAGGUUUAACAAACUGAUGUCUUGAAAGGGCUUUACAAUCCUCAGAUCAAAGGUGCUGUUGACCUGCACAGUACUACAUCGUGCCACUUUCCUAUGACUUGACAUGUGGCUCUGUCAGGGUCUGAAAUGAGAACAAUGGCUUUGU